GGCCUGAUAAGCCCUAGCUCUCUCAGGCAGUCAUGGAUUUAGCUGCCAUUGCUGCGCGCAAAUUAAGCCUGUCCAGAGUGUCGAGUGGACUGUGCACUCUCUGCUGUCCCCAAGUCCUCCUGCCAGCGUCUCUGCUCGCCCAUCGGUCUUGUUGCCCCUUCACAUCGCCAGUAUGGCGAAUAGAGCGUCCCCGGGCACGGAUCCACCAUAUGGUGCUCCGGAGGGAAUCAAAAUUUCGACUGCCAUAAGCGAGUCUUCCUCGAUCCACAGCGACAAAUUCAUCAGUGUACCACGUCAAAUGUCUGAGUAUGAUCUGGACAUGAUCAACGGCUUGUUCGACCCCUCUGAUUACUUCGAGGAGCGACCAGAGACUAGGAAUACCAUGCAGCAGACGCCAAGCGACAGCAAAAUACCCGUGGUUAACAACUUACUGGACUCGGACUCGCCAGAGGACAUGAACAAUGGUCUGUACUUUUCUGACGGAAAGAGGAAGGUGGACUACGUGUUGGUAUACCACUUCAGGAGACAUUCAUCUCUGGGCCACAGACUGUCUGUCGUUUCCAAUGGCAGUUUUAAAAUCACCGUGGGCACAAAGGACUCUCAGCUGGUGCAGGAGGUGUCUGUGGAUGUGGAUGUGGAGCCUCCGGACCCUGCUGACAGGGAGAAGACUUCAGUAAGAGAGGAGUUUGAAGCAAGCCUGGUAGAGGCCGGCCUGGAAAUCGAACGGGACAAAGAGCAUAAGACCCACGGCACAAGCUUUGUUCGGCUGCAUGCACCCUGGCAGGUCCUGAGCAGAGAGGCUGAGUUCCUGAAGAUCAAAGUACCCACAAUAAAGAGUUAUGAGCUGAAGGAGGAGAAGGGGUUUUCAGGUGCAAUGAGUGCACUGUGGCGCAAAAUCAACCAGCCUUUCCAGCCCAAAGUGCCACACCUAAACAGCAACAGCCGCACGAAGUACAUCUCCCACUCCUUCUCUCGGGACAAAUUACACCUGUACAACAUACAGCAGAAAGACACUUUCUUUGACAACGCAACACGCAGUCGAAUAGUGUACGAGAUACUGAGACGCACCUCCUGCACACGGACUUGCCAAACCACGGGUAUAAUCACGUUAAUAGCUAAAGGUGUCUACGACUGUGCCUUCCCCCUGCAUGAUGGUGACUUUAACACUACUGGUGAAGAGGAGCAGAGGAAUGACAGACAGCUCCUGCAUGACGAAUGGGCGAGAUACAGAGCCUUUUACAAGUACCAGCCUGUCGAUCUCAUAAGGAAGUACUUUGGGGAGAAGAUUGGCCUUUACUUUGCCUGGCUGGGUGUCUACACGCAAUUGCUCAUCCCAGCCUCCAUAGUGGGCGUCAUUGUCUUGUUCUACGGCUACGCCACCAUGGAAACCAAUGUGCCCAGCAUGGAGAUGUGUGACAGGCGGCAAAACUUCACCAUGUGUCCUCUCUGCGAUGGCGCCUGUGACUACUGGCAUCUGAGCACCGCCUGUGACACCAGCCGCGCCAGCCACCUCUUCGACAACCCCGCCACUGUCUUCUUCGCUGUCUUCAUGUCCCUCUGGGCCGCCAUGUUUAUGGAGCACUGGAAACGCAGGCAGAUCAGUCUGAACCACAGCUGGGACCUGAUGGCCUUGGAGGAAGAGGAGGAGCACCCCCGACCGCAGUACGAGUCCACCCUCCUUCAGAAGAGGCAGAGGAGGAGUAAACGGCAGAAGGCCGCGCAUGACAGAGUUGUGGAGGAGAGGGUGGAGCCCGGCAAGGACAAAUGGAGACAGAGAUUACGUUCUGCCGUGGGUGUAGCGAUUCUGUCAGGACCCCGGAAACUGACAUGGAGAGACAGGUUGCCUGGAUACAUCAUCAACAUCUCCUCCAUCUUAUUCAUGUUCGGCCUGACGUUCUCUGCUGUAUUUGGCAUAAUUGUCUACCGGAUCACCACUUCGGCCCUCAUGGCCAUGAGCCCUGACCCGGAGACCAAGUCCAACGUGCGCGUGACGGUCACUGCUACCGCGGUCAUCAUCAACCUGCUUGUCAUCCUGAUCUUGGACGAGAUCUAUGGUGCUAUUGCCGUCUGGCUCACCGAACUUGAGAUCCCUAAAACUGAAAGGGAUUUUGAGGAACGGUUGAUUCUGAAGGCUUUUCUCCUGAAAUUUAUGAACGCGUACGCCCCCAUCUUCUAUGUGGCGUUUUUCAAAGGAAGGUUCGCCGGGCGCCCGGGGGACUACGUGUACGUCUUCAACGACUACCGCAUGGAGGAGUGUGCGCCCGGGGGCUGUCUCAUCGAGCUCUGCAUCCAGCUCAGCAUCAUCAUGCUGGGGAAACAGCUCAUUCAGAACAACAUUUUUGAGAUCGGAAUUCCGAAGCUGAAGAAACUGUACAGGACAUUGAAGGAAAGAGGCGCUAGCCCGAAGGACACUGAUAACCAGCAGGCCAGAGCUCCCCAACGCUGGGACCUUGACUAUGACCUGGAGCCCUUCGAAGGCCUGGCCCCUGAGUACAUGGAGAUGAUAAUUCAGUUUGGAUUCGUCUCCCUCUUUGUGGCCUCCUUCCCCCUGGCACCACUCUUCGCUCUGCUGAACAACAUCAUUGAGAUUCGACUCGACGCCAAGAAGUUUGUCACAGAACUGCGACGGCCAGAUGCUGUGCGGGCCAAGGACAUCGGAAUCUGGUACAACAUCCUCAAUGGAAUUGGCAAGUUCUCGGUCAUCAUAAAUGCGUUUGUCAUCUCCUUUACCUCGGACUUCAUCCCACGGCUGGUCUACCAGUACAUGUACAGCGAGACGGGUACCAUGCAUGGCUUCAUCGACCACACCCUUUCCUACUUCAAUGUCACUAACUUCAAACCAGGCACUGCCCCCAACUCCUCCCAGUAUGGCAAAGAGGUCCUAUUAUGCAGGUAUAAGGACUACAGGGAACCGCCCUGGUCCCCGGAGGCCUACCAGUUCUCCAAGCAGUACUGGUCAGUUCUUGCUGCCCGACUGGGCUUCGUCAUCCUGUUCCAGAACCUGGUGAUGUUCCUAAGCAUGCUGGUGGACUGGAUGAUUCCCGACAUGCCCAAAGACAUAAGCGAGCAGCUGAAGAAGGAGAAGACCAUGAUGGUGGACGUCUUCCUGAGGGAGGAGAAGGAGAAGAUCCAGCUCAUCCACAGCCUGUUCGCCAAGGACGAGGCCGGGAAGCCCGAGGGCGAGGCCCUGCUCCUCAAGCAGGAGCAGGAGCAGGCGCAGAAUUCCGGGGACGCCGGGCCUCGAACCCGCUGCCGCGCUGCCAGCUUCAGCCAGUUCAGCAGACAGUCGCCUCAGAGUCCGAGCGUGAGGCAUACGGCGGUGUGAGGGGGGAGACGGGGGCCCCAGCUGGAAUGGGCCAUGCCCUGAGGAGGGGUGCAGUGUUCUGGAGGACAGUUGGUGGAGGCCGUGUAGGAGGCCGGGAUUCAGCUCUUCAGGGGAAGUUUCUCCAGAAUGUGUGGAGAGACUCUUUCCUCUGAGGGACCAUCCCACCAGGGCCAACGGACGGCUUGCGAUCUAAAGCAGUUCUUUAUUUAUUCCUGUUUGUCUGAGCUGGUGUAAAAGUUGCCCAGUGUCAGGGUUUAAAGCAGUGAAGUUUUCCUUUCCUUCUUCUCUGUUCAUUUUUGUUGACUUAUUUUUUUAAUCUAUCUGAGAAGCUGCGGGCCUCACCGGCAACCGAGUGAAGUGGAAGAAAGACAGAGGCGCUCUCCUGUAGUGGAGAUGGACCUGAACAUAACAGCCCAAUGUUCAUAUUGUGAGAUGUGAACAACAGUAUUUAAGGUUUGUGUUUGAUCCACUUUGUCCUCCCUUCAGUAGCAGUUUUUUUGUGUGUGCAGAUGCUCCAGAGCAGUGUGGACUACCGGCUUCUUCACGCUUCACAAGUCAUCACGCAACUGCUGUUCGCUUUUCUAAGACUCCUCUGUGAAAUAUCGUUUGAGAUAAAUGAGCAAUACUUUUCAUUCUCUCAGGUAAAGCCAUCACUCUAGGCUCAUAUUGUUGAUUUUUUUUAAAUAACAUUUCCAGGCAGGGUCAUUACAUUAAAUCAAUGGGAAUGUGAAAUAAUAUAACUUCAUGAGAACAAAGUAAGUUAUGUUUUGAAAAAAAUUGUUUGAAAGUUGAAAGAUAUUAAAAUCCAUUAAUUGUGGAAAUUGUAUCAAAAAUCCUGUUAUGAGGUUUUUCUUCCUGUAAAGCAGGGCGAAUGGUCUCAGGGGUACCAGUGCCGGUCAUAUAAACUUGUACCAGAAUUUAGUUUAAUGUUAUAUGAGAGUGAUGGGGGGAAUGGGCCUGCUGUUAGGGGCUGGGGGGAAAGCAGUGUGUUAAUGGACCAGUGGGGCGCAAGCGUGUCUGAGAUAAGGAUGGAAAUGGCCGUGCCCAUUUUGUGUGAAUAUACAUGAUGGUAUGGUUUUUUUGGUGAGUGAUUUGGUAGAGGGAUUGUUUGGUGCAGGUUACUGGGACGGAAGGGUAUUUUGUGUUUGUGACUGGGGCAGUGGUGGGUUGGGGAGGUGGUUGGUCUAUGAUGUGCAUUUGCAACAAUGGAGCUUUUUUUGUACAUUAUUUCCAGUACACACUGAUAUUUAUCUUUAGUUUUAUUUUUUAUUUGCAUGAUGAGCAUAUGGAAAAGAAAUAUACUUGUGCAUUUAAUAGUUAUAGGCCUAUAUUUUCAUUUAAGAUCUGGAGGUUUUUACAUGGAUUUCACAUACAAUGAGUGCUUAGAGGCUGUUGCCAAAAUACUAGAUGCCUCAAAUAGUCACAAGUAGCUCUGUGUCUCACUGGAUGGGAAUUACUGAAUGCUGGUUUUUUUAGCAAUAAUCAUAAUCUGUUAUAGUAGAGUUGGCAUUUUUAGGUUUGUCUUAGGUUCCAUGCUCUGGAGGUAUAUGGUCAGUCUUGGUAGCUGGAGAAAUGUACAAUGUGGUUCCCUGGUUCGUUUGUGGUGUAACUUAGUGACGGUGGCAAGUCCAGCAUUCAGCACCAACCCACUUUGAACAGCUCCACUCCUACCAUGACAAGAAUAUGCCCUGGAUACAACGCUUUAAUUUGAAAUAUUAAUGUUGGGCUAAAAGGCCCUACAUGAUCUUCAAUGUUGUCUACAUGUGCAUUUCUCUGAUGGGGGAAAACUUGGGUGGCAAAAUUCCAUGAAUUUUCAUAAUGGGUAAUUUUCCAUGCAAAUUAAUGGGAAUUCAUAGGAAUUAAUAGGUUUUUUUUGCACACUGAUAAUUGCAGAACUGGAUGUAUUAUUAAUAUCUACAAUAAACAUAAGGUAUGCUUUUACAUUUGUGUGGUUAUACCUGUAAUAACCUUACUUAAUGAACAACAUUAUUCUUAUGUUUACAAAGACGUCAUUAUUUUAUGACGACAUGCUGAAAUGUAGUCUUUGCAGUAAUGUAUACUUGAAAAUAUAGUGAUAGCUUAGCCUCUUCUGUAUCACCCCCUUUUUUAAGCACAAGCCUGAAAAUUAAAUACCCAAAAUAAAAUGGUUACUAUUCUUGAA